AUGAUGGACAGUCUCUGGAAGCUCGCUGGUCUCGCGACGUCAGCGCCCGAGCGAGCGCCCGAGCCAACCAAGAACGUUGACGGCCUCUGGACAACCAUUGACGGCGCAGCCCCAUCGCCUCGAAGUGGCCACGCAUCGGUUGUCGCCAAUAGCGUCAUGUACGUCCUUGGUGGCUACGAUAAGGGCCAGUGCUUUGGCGACAUUCACGCGUACGACCUCACGCGGCGCGAAUGGAGCAAGGUCGACUGGGGCGGCGCCGCCAACUUCGCAGCUGGCUGCGCGUCUCAUGCGAUGUGUGUGUCUCCCGAUGAGACGUCCAUUUAUGUCUAUGGCGGGUCGGGCCCGCGCUGGGGCGCCGCCAACCGAGACAAGCUGCUGCAAUUCACACUCUCUACGCAGCAGUGGAGCGUCGUUGCGACAGCCGGCACGCCUCCGCCGCCGGGCUAUGGCCAGAGCAUGGUUGCAAUCGGCUCCAAGCUCUAUCUCUUUGGCGGCACGUCGGGACACGACUACCACAACGACCUCUUUGUCUUUGACGCUACCACGUCUGCUUGGAGCUGUGCCGCAGUCACAGGAGCGAAACCAUCGCCACGCUACAAGCACGGGGCCGUCGUCGUCGGCAACGAUAUGUACAUCGUUGGCGGUGGUCUCUAUGGACCACGCAAGGGACCCAUCGACCUCUUCAAGUUUGAUACGCUCACGUCGCAUUGGACGGAGGUCGUGUGCGUCGGCGACGUGCCACCAGCGCGUCUGGCCCACAGCGUCGUCCUGCACAUCGACUCGUUGGGCCAGCCAGCGCUGCUCGUGUUCGGUGGCCGCGAUUUCACUGAGAAGCGCACGAACGGUCUGUGGUCGUUGCACUUGCCCACGGCGACGUGGACAAAGCUGGUAGGAUCUGCGUCGGAGGCUCCGGACGCGCUCGUGUUUCACACCGCGGUCAUGUGGCAACAGCGCAUGGUUGUCUUUGGGGGCACGAAAGAAGCGGCAGGGCAGAGUCCCGACGAGGCCGAGCGCAGCAACGCGCUGGUCGAGUACUGCGGCGUCUCGGACGAACGCCACUGGGUCCUCGUGGCUUCGGAAGGAGACGACGCGUAG